AUGACACAGAACACCAUCACUUACCCUCAUUGGUAUUCAUCAAAAACUGGCAUUUACAAUAGUAUUCACUCUCCUAUAAAUCUUCCUACCGACCCUUUUAUUGACAUUGUUUCCUUCCUUUUUUCUCAUUCUCAUGAUGGGGUUCUGGCUCUUACUGAUUCCUCAUCUGGGUCUUCCAUUUCUUACUCAAAGUUGUUACCUUUAGUUAAAACCGUGGCUUCUGGUUUGAACAAAAUGGGUGUUAAACAAGGUGAUGUUGUUUUGCUUUUACUUCCAAAUUCAAUUUACUAUCCUGUUAUACUAUUCGCUGUUCUUUACUUAGGUGCUGUUUUUACACCAUUGAAUCCUCUAAGUAGUGUUUCUGAAAUUCAGAAGCAGGUUAAUCAGUGUGGUGUGAGUUUUGCUUUUACUGUACCUGAAAAUAUUAAGAAACUAGAGAUAUUAGCCUUUCCUAUUAUUGCUGUGCCAGAGAAUGACAAGGAUUUGAAGAAUGAGUGUUUCUCUUGUUUUUUUAGCCUUAUUUAUGGUAACUUUGAUUUUCCUCAAAGGCCAAUUGUUAAGCAAGAAGAUACUGCUGGUGUAUUGUAUUCUUCUGGGACCACAGGUGUGAGCAAAGGGGUUGUUUUAACUCAUAGAAAUCUUAUUUCUAUGGUUCAGCAUUUUGUGAGAUUUGAAGCUUCUCAAUAUGAAUACUCUUGUUCCAAGACUGUGUAUCUAGCUGUUUUGCCAAUGUUCCAUGUAUAUGGUUUAUCGCUGUUCGCUGUUGGAUUAUUGUCGUUGGGUUCUACAAUCGUUGUAAUGAGGAAAUUUGAUAUUGAUGAGGUUAUUAAAGUGAUUGUGAAAUAUAAUGUUACACACUUUCCUGUUGUUCCACCGAUGUUAUCGGCGUUGACAAUGAAGGUAAAGGGUGUUAAUGGAAGUAAAUUGCAGAGUUUGAGACAGGUCUCCUGCGGUGCAGCGUCUUUGGGCAUGGAAGUUAUUAAUGGUUUUGUCCGUGCUUUCCCUAAUGUUGAUUUUAUACAGGGGUAUGGAAUGACCGAGUCGACCGCAGUAGGAACACGAGGCUUCAAUACUGAAAAAUUUCACAACUAUUCUUCAAUAGGAUUGUUAGCUCCAAACAUGGAGGCAAAAGUUGUAGACUGGAUCAAUGGUGCCUUUUUGCCCCCAGGCAGCAGCGGCGAGCUUUGGUUGAGAGGACCUUCGAUUAUGAAAGGAUACUUGAAUAACAAGGAAGCUACAAUGUCAACAAUCAAUAAAGAUGGUUGGCUACGUACUGGAGAUAUUGUUUAUUUUGAUCAAGAUGGAUAUUUACAUUUGUCUGAUCGCUUGAAAGACAUUAUCAAAUACAAGGGUUUUCAGAUUGCUCCUGCUGAUUUAGAAGCUGUGUUAAUAUUGCAUCCUGAAAUAGUUGAUGUUGCUGUUACAGCUGCCAAAGAUGAAGAAAUCGGGGAGAUUCCAGUGGCAUUUGUGGUCAAGAAGGUUGGAAGUCUACUUUCUCCGAAGCAUGUUAUUGAUUACGUCGCCAAAGAGGUUGCUCCAUACAAGAAGGUUCGGAAAGUUUUCUUCACCAACAAGAUACCAAGGUCUCCGACCGGGAAGAUCCUCCGAAGAGAACUCACGCAUUGCUUGAAUUCUAAACUCUAA